AUGGGAGUGAAAAUCGAUGGCCGGCAGUUACACCAUCUUCGCUUUGCUGAUGACAUCGUCCUUAUAACACCAAACAUUAACCAAGCGGAACGUAUGCUUGACCACUUUGAUAAAGCCUGUGGAAAGAUCGGUCUUCGACUAAAUCUCACAAAAACGAUGUUCAUGAACAACGGAUUGGUUUCGCAUGCCCCAUUCACGCUCAACAGAACGAAUAUCUCUGAAUGCUCCAGUUAUAUCUAUCUAGGUCGGAAAAUCAAUAUGAUGAACGACCUAGCUCCAGAGCUGAGCAGAAGGAAACGAGCGGCUUGGAGAACUUUCAAAAGCAUCGAGGAUGUAGUGAAGAGAACAAAGAACACCCAACUCCAAGCCCGCCUUUUCGUUUCAAUGGUACUUCCUGCCCUGACGUGUGCGUUAAAAGCCUGGUCGAUGCGUAAGCGGGAAGAAAGAUCACUCAGUGUUGUCGAACGCGCAGUCACAUGGGCGAUGCUAGGAGUAUUCCGUUCCACACAAGUAAAUCAUGGGAUCCGAAGCUCCGAUCUGCGUCAACGAUCAAAAAUCAAAGAUGCCGUUCUGUACGCCAAAUAG